GCAACCAAACUGAACGUUUAUUAAUAAUUUAAUUUCAUAGUUUGUGUACAAUUAAUUCACUUUAUUUGAUCGUCCAGGUGAAAUGGACUGUUACUCCCUUUAAGCUAUCUCUCUGUAUCCUCGAUACUUAACUUCAGUACCAUGAUCAUGAGAACUCAAAACACAGCUUCCUGUUCAACUCGUGUAAUGUAUUCAAAUAUGCAUGUCAAAUAAAUUAAUAAAACUGCAGUAUUAUCAUCAAGGUACCAUAAAAAAAUUGUGAAAAUUAGUUUGUAAACAUAUUUUCAUUUUGGAAAUCUUUUCGAAAUCUUUCAGCAUGCAUAAAUAAAAAUGGCCGAAGCUAGACAUGGUAUGGAAAAAAUAUUUAGAGGUCUGAUGACCUAUAGGCUGACCCAUCAGAGGAAUAUGGUGGAUCAGUUCAAAAAGGUGAGAGAUAACCCUGUUCCUACAGCAGUAUUCUUUACGUGUGUAGACUCAAGAAUGCUUCCUAGCAGGUUUACACAGACUCAGGUUGGAGAUAUGUUUAUCGUAAGGAACGCUGGGAACAUGGUUCCACACAGUAGUAAGGUCUCACCGUCAGCUGUAGCUACUGAACCUGCUGUACUAGAGCUAGCUUGUGUUAUUAAUACGGUAAAACAUGUUGUUGUCUGUGGACACUCUGAUUGUAAAGCUAUUAAUCUUCUCUACAGUCUACACACUGAUCCUAAAACACAAAACUCAGCCGUUGCUCACGGACAUCUCAGUUCCUGGAUUAAGCAGCACGGAGACAGCACAAUGGUUGAGUUCGACAAGAUCGAACGAGCACAGUUCCGUCGACCCAUCCUUCUACACGCAGAGGAUCCUAACGAGAAGUUCCCGGCCUACGUCGACGUGGACGAGAAGUACAACAUUAACGACAAAAUUUCGAUGGUGAACACGCUGGUUCAGAUGCAGAACGUGACCUCGUAUCCGUUUAUGCACAACUGUCUCCGGGACGGUAGAACGCAUAUUCAUGCGCUCUGGUUUGAUGUUUACACUGGAGAGGUUCAUUGCUUCUCUAGGAAGGAAAAGGUAAAGGAAAAAAAGGAAUUCGACAAAAAUAUGAUAAAACAAUCAAAAAAGACACAUUCAAAACCUAUUAAGAGAAUUAGUAUAGAAACUAAGAACUGGUACAUCAGAAAGGAGACAAAUAAAGCAACUGAGAAAGUACUUAGGAAAGGAAACUACACCAGAAAGAGAUUAAUUAAAAAACUAAGAAAGCCUAUUUGAAAGGAAACUAAGAAA